CUUCGGCGCCGCAGGCCGGACAGGUCCCUCUGGCUGGUGCGACCUGGAUCCCGAGUAGCCGCGGGUCUAGAGUGCGAGCGACUGGGUCUUCGCGCCUCUUCGCGGCCCCACGUGCACUUUCCUGCCGCAGACCUGCGACCGGAAGCCCGGCGACACCGAGGGAGCGAAACACAGCCAAGGUUCCCGCCCUGAGGUUAGCGAAGCGCCGUCGGAACAGGGGCACUAUGAACGAAGAGGAGCAUUUUGUAAACAUCGAUUUGGAUGAUGACAACAUUUGCAGUGUUUGUAAACUGGGAACAGACAAAGAAACACUCUCCUUCUGCCACAUUUGUUUUGAACUAAAUAUUGAGGGAGUACCAAAAUCUAAUCUUUUACACACCAAAUCAUUAAGGGGCCAUAAAGACUGUUUUGAAAAAUACCAUUUAAUUGCAAACCAAGAUUGUCCUCGAUCUAAGCUUUCCAAAAGUACUUAUGAAGGAGUUAAAACCAUUUUGAGUAAGAAAAUAAACUGGAUUGUACAUUAUGCACAAAAUAAAGAUCUGGACUCAGAUUCUGAAAGUUCUAAAAACCCCCAGAAUCACCUGUUUGAUUUUAGGCAUAAACCAGAUAAGAAAUUACUCCCACAAUUUGACUCUCAAGUACCAAAAUAUUCUGCAAGAUGGAUAGAUGGAAGUACAAGUGACAUUUCAAACUGUACACAAGGAAUUUUGGAGCAGAGAGAAAAUACAGACUUUGGUAUUGCUAUGUUACAAGAUCCAGGUGCCACUUUAUGCCAUGACAGUGUAUUGUGGCCUCAUAGUCACAGCCAGGCACAGAAAAAAGAAGAGGCCCUCUUCCUUCCAGAGGCUGAUGUCCAGACUCAAAAUCUGCAUUACAGCAGAGAGGAAUUGAAUUCAAUGACGCUUGAUGAGGUAAAACAACUGAAUACAAAGCUCCAACAGCAAAUCCAGGAAGUUUUUGAAGAGUUAACACAUCAAGUGCAAGAAAAAGAUUCUUUGACAUCACAGCGUCAUGUCCGUCAUGUUGCCAUUGAACAGCUUCUCAAGAACUAUUCCAAGUUACCAUGCCUGCAAGUAGGACGAACAGGAAUGAAUAACUGAACUGUGUGUACUUCAUAUACUCUACCCUUUCCUGGUCUGCUAAGCAUGUAUACUUUGAAGAGUUUUGAAGCAAGUUAUGGUCCAUUAUGUUAUGGUCAUAAGACAGUAUUUAACAUCUUUGUCUAAUAAAGCAGAUCAUUAUACUCUGAUCCUCUAGGAUUAAUUAUUUGACUUCAUUUUGGGAAUCUUUUUCCCAUAAUUAGUAAAUGUCCCUACCUUUUGCCAUGUGUGACUACUUAAAUAUACUGUUACAAUGUGAUUUUAUGAAACAUUUUUAUGUAAUUCACCUGUCAAAACAAUAGCUUAACAAACUCCUAUUAGACUGAAUUACUAAAGGCGAUUUUUAAGAGGGAAAUGGAAUUCGUAGUGACACCUCUUAUUUAUUAUGAGCAAUAUUUUAAUAUAAAAUUUUAUAUGUAAAAAUGCUAUUUUAGGUACCUUUUCAUUCUCUUUGUAAAUGUGUUUGAAUGGCUCUGAGUAUUUACACUCUUGUGUGUAAAUAUAUUCACCCAUAUUUCAGAUCACUGCAUUUUAUUCUCUGAAUAAAAUGUUUUUACAAUUUUUUAUCUUGCUUUCCAAAGAUAAAUGUAUUUUGGAGUAGAAAUCUAUCUAGUUGAAUUGUUUAACUUUUAAAAUCUUAUGAAAGAGAAAUAAAUAACUUUUUAAAGUAACUAUUCAAGUAAAAAUAGCAUACAUUAUUAUUUUCUAACAAAACUAUUUCUGAGUUAGUUUAGGAAGAGAGUACUAAUAUUUAUAUGUCAUUUUAUCUCCAUAAUAAUAAUAGCCUCUCCAGUUCAUUUAGUAUUACUUCUGUGUGUUAGAAUUUGGACAGAGUAAGUCAAGCCUCACUUUCAAGUCAAAUGUAUCUUACCUUACCUUCCAACUGAAAAUGUUGCCCCCUUAAAAAAAAAAAAAUGUCCUGUUUUUGAAAAAAAUUAAAAUGAUUCCUUGUGCACUUUGGGAUAAAGUUUCAAAAAUUCUUACACUGUCCAAAUUCUGUUUUCAACCUCAUUGAAAUUCUCCAAAAAAAAAAAAAAAAAGCAUUAUAAGGUAUUUUUGUAAACUUUACAGGAAAAGAGAAAGUUUCUUGAUACAAGAAAAACAAAACUCCUAAUUCAAUAAACUAAGGCUGUUUGAAAGGAUAUUAUAAAUGGCUUGUGAUGUUUCUAAACAGUCCCUAAUGAAUAGUUUUAAGCAGCUAGAUAUUUUUAAUAACGUAUUAUACUAAGAGCUAUAACCAGUGGAAAAUCAAAAUUGGUUCUAAAUUGUUGCCAACUGGUGCUUAAAAUCUAUUUGUGAGGUAAAUCUUUUGCUUAGAAUCCACAGAAAAGCCCAUAAACUUGGCAGCUUUUCCCAUAAGGAGAUGAAUGACUUCUACCUUAAAUUUGGUAGCCUAUCCUAGCUUGGGUCAGAUUUUUAGUUUUGAACACAUACAAUGUUUCACUAGGCAAAGAAAUGUUUUUAUAUAGUUGAAAUCAACAUUUUGUAAAUGCUAAGAUGUACAAAGUUGGCCUGAGGGUAUUAAUUGAUAUCCUAUUGACUUUGUUGUGUUUUUCUUUGGAAUAUGACAUAACUGUCAAGCUUUUUGGCAGAAGCUUUUAAAAAUGCUUUUAAUCUCUCUUCUUUGAGUCAUCCAAAAUGAAUUUAAAAUUCUGGAAGUGGGGAUGGAUGCAUUGCCUUAGUUUUGAUUAGCUUUAAAUUGAAUGUGUGCAAUAUGAAAACAUCCAAAUUUAUAAGUUGGAUAAAGACAGGUCCUGAUUAUGCCAGUAUUUUUUUAGUGCUUAGUUGUUAUGGUUACAUUUUCAAAUUGACUUCUCUUCCUUGGCAUAAUGCGUUAAGAAUGUUACCAGCCAGGGUUGUUGAACACAUUUGGGCUUGUUUAGAUGACUUGGAGACAGUCAUAAAAGUUUGAAAUGCAUUGCAUUUGUUAUCAGUAAUAGCAUGUUUUCAACAGAGUUGUCCAAAGAAAGUGUCUGCUUAUCUCUUAAAGAUUUUUCUAGCAGAGAUGUAGCUUUACUAUGAGUUUGGAAUAAUUGAGUAGGGCUGUGUGUGUACUAAGUAUUUGUUUGGGGCUUUGAUUUAUUCUGUUUAGGUAUUGGGUUUUUGUUUUUUUUUGGGGGGGUACCCGCGAUUGAACUUGGGUCCUUGCGUUUGCAAGGCAGGCUACCAAACCGCUGAACUAAAUCCCUGGCCCGUCUGUUUAGGUAUUGUUACUUAAGUUUAUUUUCAAGAGGAAAGUCCUCCUAAAAAUCUGUGGUGCUGGUACUCACAUUAUUAUUUAUUCAGAUGAAUUUGUAGAGGACAAAAAUUUUAUUAAAGUAUUUUGCACAGCAGUUUAUACAAAUAUUUGGUAAAUUUAGAUAUUUCUAUGUUUUCUUGAUUCAAUAUGCAAUUAUUAUAUAUGCAAAAAUAAGAAUCAGGGACAGAGAUAUCU